GGAUGUUUUAAUCACCUGUUUUUUCGCUUGUUUUAGCCUCAAGGAAUAGGUUCACCUAGUGUCUACCAUGCUGUUAUAGUGAUCUUCUUGGAGUUUUUUGCUUGGGGACUCUUGACAGCACCAACUCUGGUGGUUUUGCAUGAAACCUUCCCCAAACAUACAUUUCUAAUGAAUGGGCUAAUUCAAGGAGUAAAGGGCUUAUUAUCGUUCCUCAGUGCCCCGCUCAUAGGUGCCCUGUCUGAUGUGUGGGGACGGAAGUCCUUCUUGCUGCUAACAGUAUUUUUCACCUGUGCACCAAUACCACUAAUGAAGAUCAGCCCAUGGUGGUACUUCGCUGUUAUCUCUGUCUCUGGAGUUUUUGCAGUGACGUUUUCUGUGGUUUUUGCAUAUGUAGCAGACAUAACCCAAGAACAUGAAAGAAGCAUGGCCUAUGGUUUGGUUUCAGCAACUUUUGCGGCAAGUUUAGUGACCAGCCCUGCUAUUGGUGCCUACCUUGGUCGAGUCUAUGGAGACAGCUUGGUUGUGGUCCUGGCUACAGCAAUAGCCUUGUUGGACAUCUGUUUUAUUCUUGUUGCUGUACCAGAAUCGCUGCCAGAGAAGAUGAGGCCAGCAUCCUGGGGAGCGCCCAUUUCAUGGGAACAGGCUGACCCUUUUGCAUCACUGAAGAAAGUCGGCCAGGACUCAAUUGUGCUGCUGAUCUGCAUAACAGUCUUUCUUUCCUACCUCCCAGAGGCAGGUCAAUAUUCCAGCUUCUUCCUAUACCUCCGACAGAUAAUGGGAUUUUCAUCUGAAAGUGUUGCAGCAUUUAUAGCAGUCCUUGGGAUUCUUUCCAUUAUUGCACAGACAAUAGUUUUAAGUUUACUUAUGCGGUCCAUUGGAAAUAAAAAUACCAUCCUGCUGGGCCUAGGAUUUCAAAUACUACAACUGGCGUGGUACGGCUUUGGAUCAGAACCAUGGAUGAUGUGGGCAGCUGGCGCUGUUGCAGCCAUGUCCAGUAUUACUUUCCCAGCCGUAAGCGCACUGGUUUCACGAACUGCUGAUGCUGACCAACAGGGUGUUGUUCAAGGGAUGAUAACAGGAAUCCGAGGACUGUGUAAUGGUUUGGGACCAGCACUUUAUGGCUUUAUAUUCUAUAUAUUUCAUGUUGAACUGAAUGAACUCCCCAUGCCUGAAUCACCAUCAGGAGGUAGUGUGGUCACGCAAUACCAUUUACAACAGAAUUCUAUAAUUCCCGGACCCCCAUUCUUAUUUGGAGCGUGCUCUGUGCUGUUGGCACUACUUGUUGCCUUGUUUAUUCCUGAACACACAAACCUAAAUGUGCGAUCCAGCACCUGGAAGAAACACUGUGGCAGCCAUGGGCACCCCCACAGCCCACAAGCUCCUGGUGAAGCUAAGGAACCAUUACUGCAAGAUACAAAUGUAUGACAAAAAUCCAGGAAGAUGGCUUAGACUUUUUUUUUUCCUUCCAUCAGCGGUUUGGGAUACACAUUCCAAUUGCAUCCAAAAAAUGUCAUUUCUUAAGGUAAUCUUAAGAAGUAGCUUUCUGCAUGAAAUUUGUACAAUUAAAAAAAAAAAAAAGUUUCUCCAAAGAUGUUGCCAUUGAAUUAAUAAUUUGUUUUUCAAAACAGUUCUGUACUUGUCUCUUGCCAUGAAGUACCAUUACUAUUAACUUUACACUCUAGUUGAGAGACAAAAAAGAAGA